AUGGUUGAAACUCUGACUUGUGCUGGCUGCUCCAUGGUACUGGGCAGCAUCUACAGAUGCACGCCAAAGCAUCUCGACUACAAGAGGGAUAUGUUCUGCUUCAGUAUUGAAUCUGUAGAAAGUUACGUUCUAGGAUCCUCAGAAAAGGAAGCCCGUACUGAUGAGGAGCCCAUAACGCUUGAGAGUCGAGCUGCUUUGGAGGAGGCAAUAGAAAGGGCAGACACUGUAUUGGAGGCACUGGAGGCAAGAUUGGCUGCUGUUGAAUCAAGUUUUGCUUCUCUGCGUAAUAAUGUCUGAAAAAAUUCUGCAUGUAAAUUCAACUGUUGGAGAAUGUUGUAUGUGAAUCUUGCACCUGUAAUCCUCUGGAAUUUACAGGGACAUUAUGAAA